UAGAUGGGCUGGUUUAGUGCGAAGAUGUGUGGGUUUACUUUGGGUCUUUUUGCGGGGGGUGUGCUUUGCAGCAUAUGGAAAUUUCCUGGCCAGGGAUCGAACCUGCACCACAGCAGUGACCUGAGCCGCUGCAGUGACAACCCCGAUGCUCAACUCGCGGUGCCACCAAAGAACUCUUACCGUUUGCGCUCGCAGCCUCUUUGGAUUUUGCCAGCAGUCUCGGGGUGUCGCCUGCUCCUUCAACCUUUUUAAAAACUGCGGACGGCUUCAUUGGGGCGUGCAGAAGGAAGCUGUGGUUUCUGGUCUUCCUGUUCAUUCACAUGCUUUUUUCAGAGGGAGGGCUAACAUCUGACUCUGUUUUUCAACAAGAUCAGAAGUGAAAAGAGAAGGAUGCACGGUAGCUCUCGGCAGAGGGGGAGGAACCAGGAUUCCUCCCGAGAGAUCCCUGCUCACACUGGCUUUCCGACGGGGUGUUCCGUGGAGAACGAGCCUGGAAUUGUGUCGCCGUUUAAACGCGUGUUCCUAAAGGGUGAGAAGAGUAGAGAUAAGAAAGCCCAUGAGAAGGUGACAGAGAGGCGCCCUCUGCACACCGUGGUGCUGUCCCUGCCUGAGCGCGUCGAGCCCGACCGACUGCUGAGCGACUAUAUCGAGAAGGAGGUGAAGUAUUUAGGUCAGUUAACGUCCAUACCAGGGUACCUGAAUCCCUCCAGUAGGACGGAAAUCCUGCAUUUCAUAGACAACGCAAAGCGAGCCCACCAGCUCCCCGGACACUUGACCCAGGAGCAUGACGCUGUCAUCAGCCUGUCUGCCUACAACGUCAAGCUGGCCUGGCGGGACGGGGAGGACACCAUCCUCAGGGUCCCCAUCCACGACAUCGCCGCCGUGUCCUACGUGCGGGAUGACGCCUCGCACCUGGUGGUCCUGAAGACAGCCCAGGACCCCGGCAUCUCCCCCAGCCAGAGCUUGUGUGCAGAAAGUUCCAGAGGCCUCACCACAGGCUCCCUGUCGGAGAGCGGCGUGGGGCCUGUGGAGGCCUGCUGCCUGGUGAUCCUGGCCGCGGAGAGCAAGGUUGCCGCCGAAGAGCUGUGCUCCCUGCUCGGCCAAGUCUUCCAGAUUGUGUACACGGAGUCCACCAUCGACUUCCUGGACAGAGCCAUAUUUGACGGGGCCUCGACGCCCACCCACCACCCGUCCCUUCACAGCGACGACUCUUCCACAAAGGUGGACCUGAAGGAGCCCUAUGAGACGGAAGCCAGCACUUUCACCUUCCCCGAGUGUGCGCAUGCAGGCGGCGUCUCGCCCUUGUCCUUCUGCAUGCAGACAGCGCCCCACGCCAAGACAGUCAGUGAGAGCGAGCUGAGCGCCACGGCUGCCGAGCUGCUGCAGGACUACAUGCUCACGCUGCGCACCAAGCUGUCGUCGCAGGAGAUCCAGCAGUUCGCGGCGCUGCUGCACGAGUACCGCGACGGGGCCUCGGUGCACGAGUUCUGCAUCAACCUGCGGCAGCUUUACGGGGACAGCCGCAAGUUCCUGCUGCUCGGUGAGUCCCGGACCAACAGGGGCCCCAUUAGGAAUGGGUCCCAGCCAGCGGGCCCGAGGGGUCCUGCCCCCGGGGAGGCAGCAGAGGGCCCCAGGGGAGCCCGACGGAGGGCGAGGCAGGAGCCGUGCUGCCUGUCGAGGGCACGGGGAGGCUCCGCAGAGGAGUGGAGUGGGGCCUCUCCGAGGACUCGAGGGAGUGGCGUGGGUGCGCGGCUGUGCUCCUGGCCUGCGCCGGCCCCGUUUCAGACCAGGCCCAGUGGGGCCACGGCCACUGCCGGGGUGGGGCCAGACAGGGCAGCAGGCGGGGUGGGAGCCUCUGGGCUGUGGGGCCCCAGUGGCUGGCAGGCGUGUGCUUUCCGCGGGAGGCGCAGGGGCAGGCAUGCUGCAUGCCUGCAGGUCUGCGGCCCUUCAUCCCUGAGAAGGACAGCCAGCACUUCGAGAACUUUCUGGAGACCAUCGGCGUGAAGGAUGGCCGCGGCAUCAUCACCGACAGCUUUGGCAGGUACCGCCGGACCAUGAGCUCCACCUCCACCUCCACCUCCAACGGGAACAGGGCCGCGGGCAGCUCCGACGACCAGUCGGCCCCCUCGGAGGGGGACGAGUG